AUGUCUCUACGUGCCUCUUUCUUGCGAACAAGCCGCAUCGCCUCAACGCGCCCUCUGAGCACCACCUCUCGCCUGCAAAAAGACCCGCCCCCACCACCAAACAUUCCUCCUGGCAGACAACAAAAGGGUCACACUCAUUCCCCUGCCCACGACGACAAGUCAUCUGCCUCCACCAAAGGCUCCGCUGAAAGCAAGUCUGGCGACGACCACCCUGCAAAGCAGCCCGACCCCCAGAAGCCCAGCAGCCGAAGCACCGGUUUCCAAGAAGUCGACGAGGUCAAGGGUGGAAAGGAGGGUCUCGGAGCCAGGACCGACAAGAAGUAG